GAUUCCCUCCUCUCCUCCACCUCCUCCUCCUCUUUCCAUCCCUCCUUCCUUUUUGCACAUCCAUCCAUCCACACAUCCAAGCCCCCCCUUCUUCCAGCAUACUUGUCUGCAUUGCAAUAAUAAUAAUAAAGGCCAAGGAAACACAGGAAGCAAAGGCAGUGCAGGAGGAGAGGCCUUCCAUGCAUUCAUCCCCCCCUCCAAUUAAUUAAUUAAUCAUUAAUAAUCAUCCUGGAAGAGGUCUGGAAGGCAGCGCUGACCCCCAGGCCUGCUUGUGUCCAUUGGCACAGGUUGAGUUCCUUUUGCAAGCGCAUUGAGGCCCACCGUUCGGACCCCGGGAGCAGCGGCCAACCAAGAUUUGGAUGGAAGAGACCCCCAUUGGGCCACCCUGCCCUUGGCGCAUCCAGACCUGCCAGUGAGGGGCCUGCCCCGCAAGGCGAUGGUUCCUGGCUCUGGCUGAGCCCACAGCUGCUGGAAUAUGCAGCCCGGGGGCCUCCUGGGCAGCGGAAAGGCAGCGGUCCGGGCCAAGGAAGAAGAGGAAGACGAGGAGGAAGAAGAGGAAGAGGAAGAAGGGGAGGAAGAGGAGGAGGAGGAAGGCCAGGGCGGGGCUGCCCGGCAUGGUGACGACCACGACGCUGAAGGUGGCGGUGCUGGGCGCGCAAGGGGUGGGCAAGACGGCCCUGGUCCGGCAGUUCCUCUACAACGAAUUCAGCGAGGCCCCCUGCGCCCCCACCAAGACCCGGCGCCUCUACCUGCCCGCCGUGGUCAUCAACGGCCACGUCCACGACCUGCAGAUCCUCGACUGCCCCCCCAUCGCCGCCUUCCCCGUCAACACCCUCCAGGAAUGGGCAGAUGUCUGCUGUCGGGGCCUCCGGAGCGUCCACGCCUACAUCUUGGUCUAUGACAUCUGCUGCUUCGACAGCUUCGAGUAUGUCAAGACCAUCCGGCAGCAGAUCCUGGAGACCAGGGUGAUUGGCACCUCGGAGGCCCCGAUCCUGGUGGUGGGCAACAAGCGUGACCUGCAGCGGGGGCGUGUGAUCCCGCGCUGGAACGUCUCCAACCUGGUGAAGAAGACCUGGAAAUGUGGCUACAUCGAGUGCUCAGCCAAGUACAACUGGCAUGUGCUGAUGCUCUUCAGCGAGCUGCUGAAGAGCGCCGGCUGCCCCCGCUGCAAGCACCUCCACACCGCCAUCCGCUUCCAGGGCGCCCUGCGCAGGAACCGCUGCGCACUCAUGUGACCUAUGACCAGGCCCAGGGAGGCACCAAAGGGGCCCCUUAUCCAGGAGGGCGUCAUGGACACCUCCAUGAAGCAGCCGCUUCAACCGCCUUGGGAGAAGGAUGGGAUCGACCGACCCUCUUGUUUACAUUGCAGUUGGGUUUGUUACCCUCUCCAUGAAGCAGCCACUCCAACCGUCUUGGAAGAAGGAUGGGAAUCGACCCUCUUGUUUGAACCCCAGUUGGGUUUGUUACCCUCUCCACGAAGCAGCUGCUUCAACGGUCUUGGAAAGGGUCUAUUAUCUUGAUCUGAUUCCAUUUGGUGUGUUACCCACUCCAUGAAGCAGCUGCUUCCACCAUCUUGGAAGGAAUGGAGGACUUCUACCAUCUUGGCUUGCUCUGACUCUCAAUUUGUUUUCUUGCCAUUCUCCACGAAGCAGCUGCUUUAACGGUCUUGGAAAGGGUCUGUUAUCUUGAUCUGAUUCCAUUUGGUGUGCUACCCACUCCACGAAGCAGCUGCUUCAACCAUCAUGGAAGGAAUGAAGGAAGUCUGCCAUCUUGGUUUGCUCUGACACCCGAUUUGUUUUCUUCCAUCCGAAGCAGACACCUCAACCAUCUUGGAAAGGGUCUGUUAUCUUGAUAUAAUUCAAUUUCGUUUGUUACCCAAUCCACGAAGCAGCUGCUUGAACCGUCUUGGAAGAAGAAUUGGCAUCAACCCUCUUGUUUACAUUGCAGUUGAAUCUUUAACCAUGAAGUAACCACUUCAAGCGACUUAGAAGAAAAGAAGUCUACCAUCUUGGCUUGCUCCAACUCCCAAUUUGUGUUCCAUGAAGCAGCUGCUUCAACUGUCUUGGAAAGGGUCUGUUAUCUUGAUCUGAUUCCAUUUCGUUUGUUACCCAAUCCAUGAAGCAGCUGCUUGAACCGUCUUGGAAGAAGAAUUGGCAUCAACCCUCUUGUUUACAUUGCAGUUGGAUCUGUAACCCUCUCCAUGAAGCAGUCACUUCAAGCGACUUGGAAGGAAAGAAGUCUACCAUUUUGGCUUGCUCCGACUCCCAAUUUUUGUUUUGUUUUUGUUUUUUUGCCGUAUCCACGAAGCAGCUGCUUCAAUGGUCUUGGAAAGUGUCUGAUUGAGUCUCAUUCCAUGGGGUUUGUUACCCUCUCCACGAAGCAGCCCCUUCAACCAUCUUGGAAGAAGGAUGGGAUCGACCUUCUUGUUUUGAUUCCAGUUAGGCUUAUUAUUGCCUUCGUGAAGCAGCCAUUUCAAUGAUCUUGGAAGAAAGGCAGCGACUAUCUUGAUUUACUCAAACUCCAAUUUGGUUUAUUACCGUCCCCAUCAAGCAGCUGCUUCAACUGCCUUGAAAGAAGGAUGGGAUCGACCGACCCUUUUGUUUACAUUGCAGUUGGAUUUGUUAUCCUCUCCACAAAGCUGCUUGGAAGGAAUGAAGGAAGUCUACCAUUUUGACUUGCUCUGACUCCCAAUUUGUUUUCUUGCAGUCUCCAUGAAGCAGCUGCUUCAACUGUCUUGGAAAGGGUCUGUUAUCUUGAACUGAUUCCAUUUGGUUUGUUACCCUCUCCGUGAAGCAGUUGCUUCAGCCGUCUUGGAAGGAAGGAAGGAAGGAAGGAAGGAAGGAAGGAAGGAAGGAAGGAAGGAAGGAAGGAAGGAAGGAAGGAAGGAAGGAAGGAAGGAAGGAAGGGACGUGCCAUCUUGGUUUGCUCUGACCUCCAUUUGUUUUCUUUCCAUCUCCACAAAGCAGCCGCUUCAACAGUCUUGAGCGGAUUGGAUCUAUCACCUUGUUUUAUUCCAGUUGGAUGUCUUACUGCACCUGCAAAGUGUCUACUUCAGUGGUCUUGGAAUGAAGGAAGUCUACGAUCUUGACUUGAUCUAACUCCUAAUUUGUUUUCUUGCUAAUGCCAUGAAGAAGCUGCUGCAACAGUCUUGGGCGAUGGGAUCUAUCAUCUUGUUUUCAUUCCAGUUGGGUUUCUUGUCACCUCCACGAAGCGGCCGCUUCAACAAUCUUGGGUGAACAGGAUCUACCAUCUUGUUUUCGUUCCAGUUGGGUUUGUUGUCACCCCCAUGAAGCGGCCGCUGCAAUGGCCUUGGGUGGAUGGGAUCUACCAUCUUGUUUUCAUUUCAGUUGGGUUUGUUGUCACUCCCACGAAAUGGCUGCUUCAACAGUCAUGGGCGGAUGGUAUCUACCAUCUUGUUUUCAUUUCAGCUGGGUUCGUCAUCACCCUCAUGAAGCAGUCACUUCAAUCGUCUUAGGAGGAUGGGAUCUACCAUCUUGUUUUCAUUCCAGUUGGGUUUGUUGUCACCCUCAUGAAGCAGCUGCUUCAAUAGUCUUGGGCAGAUGGGAUCUACCAUCUUGUUUUCAUUUCAGUUGAGUUUGUUGUCACUCCCAUGAAGCGGCCGCUUCAACAGUCUUGGGCAGAUGGGAUCUACCAUCUUGCUUUCAUUUCAGUUGGGUUUGUUGUCACUCCCAUGAAGCGGCCGCUUCAACAGUCUUGGGUGGACGGGGUCUACCACCUUGUUUUCAUUCCAGUUGGGUUUGUUGUCACUCCCAUGAAGCAGCUGUUUCAACGGUCUUAGGUAGAUGGGAUCUAUCAGAACCUUGUUUUCAUUCCGGUUGGGUUUGUUGCUGCUGCUUCGCCGAUCUUCAAUCUUCCUUGGCCUGAUUCCACUCCACUUGGGUUUCUCGCCCCUUCCAUGAAGCGGCCGCUUCAAUGCUCUUGCACGGUUGGGAUCUAUUCUGUUUGGGCCUUGGGAUGACCCUCUUUCUCGGUUUGGGUUCAGCUCCAGACGGGAAACUGAGGAAAUGGCCCGUACUUUGUUGCACUUUGGAGCCAUUUCCUCACCCACUUCCACACCUUUUUGGAGGGCCAGAUCUGGACCAGAAGGUGAAGGACCUCAGAUGGGACUCCACUGGGUUGCGUUGAGAGGGGAAAUGAAUGCCUUGGGAAUGCUCCCUAUAGGGGAAACCUCGGGCGGUGAAGGAAAGAUAUUGGGGAGAAGCCGUGCUUCCUUUCUGGGACUUUCUGAGGACCGAUCCAGCUCUGCUGUUGCUUCCAGAGAAGAAUUCUGAGGAUCCGCUCCUGGUUUUGGCUCCAGCUCUGAAGGGACUUGCCGAUGCGCCUGUAAAGAAGCACCUUGGAGAGCACCUUGAAAACCAGGAGUGGAUCUUGGAAUGGAUUGCCUGCCUUUGCUGCCCUGGGAUGGCAAUAAAUGCCCCUCUCUUUGGACUUUGAAUCGGAGGGGCCUUCGGGGUGGAAGGUUAGGGGGAAAACGUCCAACCUUUUCUUUUUGGAAAGAGAUAUCAAAGCAUAUAUAUCCGAGAGAUGGCCUGAGUGCAAAACAAACACAUCCAUGAAAAUGAUUGGGGGCUUUUUCUUCCUGAGACUCCAUUGAAGUCUUUAGCAAAUCCCUUGCAGAAGGAUCAGUCAUAGGAGGUGACUUUUGCCACCGCCUCCUAUAAUAAUAAU